AUGUUACCGGGAAUUGGUGUUUUUGGGACUGGGGCUAUUGCAAAAGUAUUGGUACCAUUUUUGAGAGAAAAAGGAUUUCCAGUAGAAGCAAUAUGGGGAGUGACCCUCCAAGAAGCCGAAGUUGCCGCAAAGGAAUUAAAGAUCCCAUUUUUUACGAAUAAAAUCGACGAUGUGUUGCUGAAGAAGAACGUAAGCCUGGUAUUCAUUGUGUGUGCACCAAAUUUACAUGCUCAAAUAUCUGUAAAAGCGCUUGGCAUUGGUAAACAUGUGGUCUGUGACAAGCCAGCUGGACUCUGCCAGGCUGAAGCCUUAAAGAUGGUGCGUGCUGCUCAGUAUUAUCCAACCCUUAUUUCCAUAGUCAACCAUUCAUUAAGAUUCUUACCUGCGUUCAGUCACAUGAGGAAGUGUAUUCAAGAAGGUUAUCUGGGAAAUCCUGAUGAGUUAACCCUUAUUGAUGUUAGAGUUCAGAUGGGUCCAUUAACGGGUGAUAAUUAUAACUGGUUAUGUGAUGAAACUAUGGGAGGUGGAACACUCACAUUAGUAGGUAGCCAUGUGAUAGAUAUUGUUUCUUUUCUAACCGGUCAAAAAGUGGUAAAAGUUCAUGGUGUGUUACGGACUUUUGUUGAAGAAACAAGUAAAGUGAAUGGUAUAAGGAAAAUUACAGCACCUGACUUUUGUACGUUCCAAUUACAAAUGGAUAAAGGUCUAUUAGUAACGGCCACAUUAAAUAAUCAUUUACCUGGACCAUGUUUUAACCAAGAGAUCUAUGUUUGUAGUAAGAAAGGCUACUUAGUAGUUAAAGGCGGAGACUUACAUGGAAAAUUACAUAAAGUUAAUGGUAAAAUCGUAGAAGAUGAUGGAAAGAAACAUCAUGAUAAAGAAGAGGUGAUAUAUGUUGAUGUUGAAGAUUUGAGUUGUGCAUCAAGUGUUGUGCCUAAACCUUACAUUAAAGGGCUAUGUAAAAUGAUUAGUGCUUUGAAAGAAGCAUUUCUACCAGUCAAGGAACAAAUGGAUUGGGUAAAGGAGCCUGUGAAAGCUGCAGCGACAUUUGAAGAUGGGCAAAGAGUGCAGGCUACAAUGGAGGCACUACGGCAGUCAAAUGAGGAUGGUUGUUGGACGUCAGUGCAGUUGUUAACAGAGCCUCCAGAUCCAAAUCCAGCAUUAUCAGCCGCAGUGAGACGCACGGCCAUAUCUUUACAAUAG